AUGCCAUACUUCGCCACGAGCCAGGAAUGGCUGCACCAGUCUUCACUCCUCCUUGAAGCGCGGCCAACAACUACACGCAUCACAACCAAAUACCACAUCAGCAAGCCCAAGCCCCGCCGCGCCAAAAAAGCGCCGACCUCCUCCUCCUCCCCCCCCACAACCGACACCGCUCCCGCCGCGCCCCGCGGCUCCCUCACCCUCAAGACCUACGACCCGCACUCCGGCGCCUGUCUCAAGUACCGCACGACCAAGGCCGCCGAAGUAUCGCGCCUGAUCCAGAGCCUGGGCCGCCCGCUGGCCGCGCGCAUGGCCGCGCUGCCCCUGCCCGAGGCCGCCGACGAGGUCAUGGCCGAUGCGCCGCUUGCGGCGGGGACCCCGGCGGACGAGAAGAGGGCGGAGGAUGUGGGGGGGCCUGCGCUGCCGGAAGGGAGUACAGGUGGUGGAAAGGCGCCGGGACAGGCACAGGGACAAGCGGGAGGAGGUGGUGGUGGUGGGAAGGGGAAGAAGAAGCGUGGGAAGAAGUGA